CUUAACAAUGCUGAACACAGACGACAAAUACAUUUUUAGCAGAGACCGAAAAGAAUCACAAAGGCUCGAUACACAGCAUACCCUGCUGGUGAAGGUGGCUAGAAAUACUCUGAUUCACCCAUCAAUUCCCAAAGAUGAUGUUCUCUCUGUCGCUGAUAUAGGGACUGGAACUGGAAUCUGGCUGAAAGACGUUUCGCAAUUGCUGAAUGGAACUUCCUCAAUCCAGCGCUACUAUCAUGGGUUCGAUAUUUCACCCCAACAAUUUCCUGACUCGCCAGGGAAGAUUCAGUUUUCUGUCCACGACAUAACAAUGCCGUUCCCGAAGGAACACUGGAACCGGUACGACCUGGUCCAUGUGCGACUAUUGGUUGCUGGUCUUGCAGAAUCUGAAUAUAAAACCGCGAUCACCAAUAUCUACGAUAUCUUAAAACCGGGAGGUUAUCUGCAGUGGGAGGAACUUGACGAAGAAACAUACGUCUCAAAAGUCAAUCCGGUGAUUUGGGAGAUCCGACGGUGUUUUGACUUCGGACUCAAGGCUGAGGGGAAAUGUUUCCAGGCAUCAGCAAAGGUAUUCAAGGAGAGUAAUGCAGUCGGGUUCCGGCAUGUCGUGCGACUAGCUUAUGACUCGGACUGGGAUGGUAGUCUUCGUCUCGAAACGGAGAAAAGGCUUGCUGAAAUCAUUCAAACGUUAUAUGCGGGCCUACUACUGCGAUCCGGGCAAGUUGUUGAUGAAGAGGCGGCAACGAAGAAGGCGGAAAGGCUUAUUGAACAGCAUUGGCAUCUUUGUGCGCGGGGCAUCUCCCCACCAGUGAAGCUGAUGAGGGUUGUUGGCCAGAAGCCAUUGAAUGUGGCAGCUCUGUAGGGGUAUAUCGGGUCCUCAAUUUUCUCUGUAUAGAAUCAUCCUCCAGGAAGAUGUGUCCUAGUUGUUGUCAAUUCGAAAACAAUGCAUGGAUAAGCUUGUAAGCAAUCAUGUGAGUAUGUUGGCUCAGCCCCAGACAUCUGUUCUUGCUCGCACGUUUCGGUCUUACCAUGUCUUCCUAUGAUGACUCUUGAGCAUAUAAGACGACAGCUGGAGCAAGCUAAAAAUGUUAUGCGAAGACGAACUGUUUGGCAUUCUAUGCAGUCUAUCGAUGAUAUCAACCAAGAUAUUGGAAUAUUUAUUUAGUUUAUAUUCGAG